CAGCCUCGCCCGGCCAGUGGAGUCUGGGGCUGGCCAGCUGGUGAAGAGCCACUAAAUGACCAACGACCACAGCGGCGCUGGGAGCACUUAGCAUCAAGUAGCAUUGACUGCUUUUAAUGUGGAAUUGCGGAGACACUAGCGAUCGCCACGAUGACAUUGUCCAGGGUUGCUUGGUUUCAAGAAAUCAAUACAAGCUCAGUGCCAGGGCUGGACUGACAUUUGUUUUUUUUUUUUUUCCACCCCAAACUUCUUUCUCUUGACGGAAUAGACGAUGUUCCCAAGCUUCAUUUUAGAGAUGGACUACUCUUAAAGCUUGUGUUCUGAGGACGUUUCCACAGAUCUUUCUUUUCAUUUUCAAUCUUUGGAAGGGAAACUUGCUGUACUUCCCAAAUAAGAUUUGCCUGGACUAUAAAUCAAUGAAAACGCGUGCAAAUAAUUGUACAUCAAAAUAACAACAAACCCUGAACGGGCAACACAAUAACAAACAAGCAGAACUAAUCACAUGUUCGUGUGAAGGAAAGACCACAAGCAGAUGUGAUAGCUGACCAGAGAGACACCGACUGCCCAUUUAGCAUGUCAUCAUGAACGUCGCCUCUGCCUCUGAUCUGUCAGCGUGAUUGGUGGAGAGAGGGAUGAGUGUGAGGCAGUAGGGUGGAGGUGUGUCUCAGUGUGCCACUGUGAGAGACCUUAUGGGGGUCAGUUUGGGGAACGCUAGCUCCCAAAAGUGGGGCAACGGGACUGACGAGGGGACGUUGGCCACCCUGUUGACCACCGUGGUGCCCAUGCUGGACAGCGUCAUCCUGCUCACGGGGCUGCUGGGUCACUCCCUGGUCAUCGUCGUCAUGGCGGGAAGGCGGCGGAGGAGAGGCGGGCUGGUGGCCCAAGGGACCGACACCCUGCUGGUGGCCCUGAGCGCGGCCGACCUGCUCCUCCUGCUCUGCCUGCCCUUCCACACGGCCGCCAUCGUCCUGGGCUCCUGGCCGUUCGGCGGCUUCCUCUGCAAGCUGGUCAGCUUCCUGGGCGUGGCCUGCUCGUCCGCCUCCGUCUACACGCUGGCCACGUUGGCGGUCACGCGCUACCUCACGGUGGUCCACCCCACGUGGGCUUUCCGCUCGCGGAUGCACCGGCGCCUCAAGCUGACCGCGGCGCUGCUGUGGGCUCCGGCCGCGGCGCUGGCGGCGCCGCAGUACGCCUUCCGCACGGUCAGCACGACGGCGGCGCUGCACUGCUUCGCCUUCCUGUCCGACCUGAGCCAGCUGGUGUACGGCACCGCCCUCUUCCUGUUCGCCUUCGCCCUCCCGCUGGGCGUCAUCGUGCUCAUGUACGCCCGGAUCUUCUGCUUCCUGCGCCGCACCCGGCGGCUGGGCCGCGCGCCCCAGCUGGAGCGCUACCAGAGGCAGGUGACCCACACCUCCGCCCUGCUGGUGGUGGUCUUCACCCUCUGCUGGCUUCCCUCCUACGCCCUCAUGUUCUCCUUCAUAGGAGGCACCAUCAGCGGCAACGCCGGCUACAGGUCCCUGGCUAUCUUCGUGCGGCUGCUGGCAUCGUCGUCCACGGUGGUCAACCCGGUGCUCUAUGUGUUCAUGUCCCAGAAGUUCCGGCAGGAUCUGGUGGAGCUGGGACGCGGCCGGUGGGUGGGGUGUAGGCGUUUGCUGAUUGGAUGUCCUGUCGUGAUGGGCAGGGAUAUGGUGCAGCCUUUCAACUCUGUGGAGCUGGACACGCCCUCUGACAGAGGGCAGCCCUGACUGUAGGGGCAGCGUGGAACACGACCGUGGAACACGACCAUGGAACACUCAGCGGAACUAAGGCUCACCGCUGAGCACCUUGUAGGCACUGCCACCUACGGGCUGUGCACACUCAUCUCUCCAUCACCAGGCAUUUAGGCAUGUGAAAUAACUAUUUUUGCACCAUUCAUAAAGUACAUUGUUGAUGCGGAAUAAAUUCAGGAUUUUCUGUGUCAACAAUCAUAAAAACCAUCAAAUCAACUGUCUCGGCUGUUGCACUUUCUAUGAUUUUUUCAUAUCAGAAGCUGAUCUUUCAUUUCUUUUCCAAUUCAACUUUCAUUGGAAAAACGUUCUUUUUUCCAAUGACUGUUUAUGUGGAAGUCAAGUAGAGUUUGCUGUUGAAUAGUUCAUACGACGGAAAAUCCAAGUGACAGACUACAAGUGUGCUUGUGUGCAGUGUGUUUGUGCUCGUGUGAAUGCAGAUGUGUGUGUGUGUGUGUGUGUGUUUCUAGCAGCGCCUGGCCGAGCGGCUCGUGCUGUGUGCUCUUCACAGCAGGACCCUCCAGGGCCUCUGUGCUGUCAACAUGAAUGACAGCAUGACUUUACAAACUGGGGAUGAGUGGAGACAGAGAUGACUCUCGUACACACAGCUUGGGGAAGUGGUGUGUGUAUGUGUGUGUGUGUGUGUGUGUAUGUGAGUAAGAUUAGAAAACAGAGAUGUAAAUAG